AUGCUUAGCCCAUUACUUUCUUUGUGUCGAUCUCCUCUGUUCUAUGGUCAUGGACUCCAUGUGAAAGAGACAUCAACAUUGACGGUUUGGGUUUUCAUUUACCUUAUGCGAACCUUGGUUUUAGCUACCUUUAAGGCUUUAUGGUAUCCUUAUAAAGAAUUGAAGAUUGUUGUGCUAAGUUCCUUGAAUCGUUCUUAUUGUUGUGGCAUUUGUGGUAUUGGAUUAUUCUUUUUCGUUGCUCAUUUGCCACUAAGCAGCUCACUUUUCGUCUUCAAACACUGUACCCUCUUUAUCAUCUCCAUCUUCCAGACCAUAUGCUUCAUAGUCUUUGCCGCUAUUGACCGGAGAGAUCCUCAUUCGAGUUGGUUUCUAAAGCCACCCUCACCUGACUAUCGCACCAUAGUCUCCCGAAUCCUUGGUAUCGUGUUACUGUGGGUAAUGAAGCUUGCUCCGGCGAGAUUCAUAUCAUUGAUCCGUUUGUCAAUGUCACUAUAUCCUUCGACUGUGACUAAUCCGUCGUCCUUCGAACUCUUCGAGGAUGAUCUCUCGAUUUACCGUGACCUCUCAUGGUGCAUUGCGCUUCCUUGCCUUUUCCAAAAAUGA